AUGUAUGAUGUGAUGUUGGAUGAAGCUAAUCUGUGGUUUCAAGAACCUCCUCUUCGUAAGCGAAAGCUCGAACCACCUUCACCCGUGGAAGAAGAAGAACAAGAAGAAGAAGCUUAUUCCUCGGACGAAGACAUGGAUCCGGUCGAACGAGAAAAGUAUCGUCUCCAAGUUGUGGAGUCUUGUGGGUUCGAUGUUGACUUCUUUAAUCAUAUAUUCAAUGGGAUAGUUCCCAGCGGAUGUACUCAGUACGACACUCUCUUUGCUAAGGCAGGACUCCAUUGUCACAAUCUUGAAAAGGGGAAGAAGUUACAGCUGAAGAGAGUAGUUAAAGUGAACGCGGAAAUCUCUUCACUUUACAACUCGUAUUCAACAUCAGAGGUGAUAGAUCCUGUAGACAACUCCCUACACAUUUUCCAAACCUUGGUCAAUGAUGCAGGCAAGGAGAAGAAGGCAAGCUUGAAACUAUUGACAAAAAUAUGCAGAAUCAAGCCUCAAGUACCAGGUAGUUUUUACAUAUUAUAUUGUUGCAUUAAUCAAUUGUAUAUGUCUAAAUUAUAUUACUCAUCAUUCAUGUGCAUAGGCCUUGGAGAUGCAACUGUCUUUUGGGAUUUUAAGGCUAUAGAUGACUUCUAUAAAACUGAUAUGCCUGAUUGGCCUUUCAAUGAUGGUUUUGAUAACCCACACCUUUAUAAGGUGAAAGAAUCUGAGUUGCUAGACAAUGAAUGGCUUUAUCUAUAUGCUGAAGCUGCAUUGUUCUCCGAAUGGCGCUCUGAAAUGAGUGAUUAUACGCCAUUUGAGAUGAAGAAAGUAAUGGUACAAACAAAGGAAGAUGUAGAGUCAAGUAUGAAGCUUAAGUCGAGAAACGCAAUCUUCUACAUGAUUUUCAAGGUUCGUGGAGGUCCCUGGUGCAGAGGCAUUGUAAGAAAAACAAGUGAUGGAAGAACAGGACACUUGUGUCUCGAAGCUAGAUGUUGGAUCGAUGACAAGUGA